GGCUGGAAGUCGCUGAGUGGCGUCAAACGACGACAAAAAAGUUUGGUGAGCAACAAAAUCGUUUAAAAUCACUCGGAAUUUGUGAAAUCUUCAUCCAUUUCGGCUCCAAUUUGAAGAACAAGAGGAAGCAGACGAACAGAAGAGGCCUAGCUUAAGAGAUGGAAUCUGGAGGCUGGCACGUUGAGAAAAGAGCUUCUCUUAGAAAUGACUCUUUUUCUAGAGAGGAUAAUGUGCCGGAAACUGGCUGUCUCUCCAUCAUUGUGCUUGGAGCUUCUGGAGAUCUUGCUAAAAAGAAGACAUUUCCAGCUCUCUUCCACCUUUUUAUCCAGGGAUUCCUACUAUCAAAUGAAGUUCACAUUUUUGGUUAUGCGAGGUCAAAAAUUUCUGAUGAUGAUCUAAGAGAUCGCAUACGCGGGUAUCUUGUCAAAGGCAAAACUGCCGACUCGAAGCAAUUAGAAGAAGUACCCAAGUUUCUGCAGUUGAUCAAAUAUGUUAGUGGUUCGUAUGAUUCUGCGGAAGGUUUUCAGAAGUUGGAUAAGGAAAUCUCAGAGCACGAGGUUUCAAAAAAUAGUAUAGAGGGAUCAUCUCGUAGGCUGUUCUAUCUUGCACUUCCUCCAUCGGUAUAUCCAUCGGUAUGCAAGAUGAUCAAGCAUUAUUGUAUGAAUAAAUCUGAUCUUGGUGGAUGGACCCGGAUUGUUGUGGAGAAACCUUUUGGCAAGGACUUGGCAUCUGCGGAGACGCUAAGUUCCCAAAUCGGUGAAUUGUUCGAUGAACCGCAAAUUUACCGUAUCGAUCACUAUCUCGGGAAGGAAUUGGUUCAAAAUCUGUUGGUACUUCGUUUUGCAAACCGCUUUUUUGUGCCCCUUUGGAACCGUGACAACAUUGAUAAUGUACAGAUCGUGUUCAGGGAGGAUUUUGGGACCGAGGGGCGUGGUGGAUAUUUUGAUCAAUACGGGAUUAUUCGCGAUAUCAUUCAAAAUCAUCUAUUACAGGUUCUUUGUUUGGUUGCUAUGGAAAGACCUAUUUCCCUCAAACCCGAGCAUGUCCGAGAUGAGAAAGUAAAGGUGCUUCGGUCUGUGAUGCCAAUUAACGACGAGGAGGUAGUUCUUGGCCAAUAUGAAGGUUACACGGACGAUCCUACAGUUCCUGAUCACUCAAAUACACCAACCUUUGCAACUAUGGUGCUGAGGAUACAUAAUGAAAGAUGGGAGGGUGUCCCGUUUAUAAUGAAGGCAGGGAAAGCAUUGAACUCGAGAAAAGCCGAGAUUCGAGUUCAGUUCAAGGAUGUUCCUGGUGACAUUUUCAAAUGCAAAAAACAAGGGAGGAACGAGUUCGUGAUUCGCUUGCAACCUUCGGAGGCCAUGUACAUGAAGCUUAUGGUCAAGACACCUGGACUGGAAAUGUCAACUGUGCAGAGUGAAUUAGACUUGUCCUAUCGCCAACGUUAUCAAGACGUUAUAAUCCCAGAGGCAUACGAGCGUCUCAUCCUCGACACAAUAAAGGGCGACCAGCAGCAUUUCGUUCGUCGAGACGAGCUAAAGGCUGCCUGGGAGAUCUUCACGCCAUUGCUGCACAGAAUCGACAAGGGAGAGCUGAAGUCACUUCCAUACAAAAAGGGGAGCCGAGGUCCGGUGAAGGCCGACGAGCUACUCGAAAAAGCUGGUUAUCUUCAAUCCGAUGGCUACAUUUGGAUCCCUCCAACAUUGUAGACAAUGUUUAUGUGCUUGUAAAAUCCUGAUAUGCAGCAGUGCAGAGUGGAAUCAAAAUAAGAAAUUUAGUGUGGCCAAUGCUAAUAAUGCUAAUCCUAA